AUGACUGCUCACAUUGGCCUGUCUGCGCAGCACGUCGUUGACAGCCUCGGCCAUCCAGAUGGAGCCUCGCGACCUCCCGUGUCCGCCGAGUCCCUGUCGCGUGCCAGCGAGCUGCUUCAGUCCAACCACGACACAUGGCACAUUUUCUUCCGGGAGGCGACGGGCCACAACCACAUGGCCCAUAGUAUUCUGACCGCGUUGGCUCUUGGUGCUUCUCCCUCGGAGCUCGAGCGCGCCUACACCGACACCGAGGCCAUUCAACGCCCGAUUCCCGCGGUAGACCCGAUGAUCCUCACUCGGCUAGACGCGGACCCGCAGGCCCUGGAGUCCCUGCUGGGUUGGUCCGACUUGUACAGCACCUUCCUCACCUACUUUCAAUCCCAGAUUGACCGCCACGGGUGGCAAUCCGUGGUCACCACGUACGUCUUCUCCGAGACGCCGCUGGCGGAGAAGCUCCUGAUCAAGCUGUACGAGGGGAUGUACCACUCUCUCAUCCACCUGGGGCUGGGAAUCGAGUUCGGCCAACCGGGCAUCAUCGCCGAGGCGCUGGCCCAGGCCGCUGCCCACGAAGACGGACACAUUGACAAACUUCUGCUCGGGGUCGAGGCGGCGAUCGCUGCCAAGGACGACACCCGGACAGAGACGACGGUACCCAAGUCACUUGUGCAGCUCGUUGACGAAGUGCGCAGCCAUCCCCGCAUCUGGGCGGACUUGCGCUUCGGUGACCGGUGGAAUCGCAUGCGUGACAGCAUCAUGGACCGGGCGGCGGACGAGCUGAUCCCUAUCGCGGCGCAGUUCCGCAUUCCGGCGUCGGGGAUGAUGAUGAUGGCCGGGGAGCAUGCAGACCUACUAACAAUACGUACGGCUGAGAUGGCCAGCACUGCCGCUUACCUGGCCGGGGCGAGCCAGUCGGCGCGGCGCCCCCGCAAGAUCGACUUCUUUCUGAUGCACACGGUGACCGCGUCGCUCUUCUUUAGCGUCUUUAAUGCCCAGGAGUGGAUUCCGCGAGCUAUGCGGGUUCGCCUGGUUGAGUGGAAGGGUCGGCUGGACCUGGCUUUCUACGCCUUCUGCAAGUCCCCGGAGUUAGAUGCCUGCGUAAUCUCCGACUACUCAGAUGAUUUUACCCGUGAUAUGGACUGGGCGGCCUUGUACGCUGCGGUGAACCAAGAGCAUGACGACGGGCAUGUCGCCAAGUUCAUGCGCGCCCUGCGUCACGCCGAACGGUUGAGCCGGCCCUACGAGCAGCAUCCGGUGUGGGCGGAGCACUUCCCUGUGAAGGGGAACAUGUGGAUCAAGCUGGCCCGCAUGGCCCUGGAGACCACCCGCCAUUCACCUCCGGACUUCAAGUGGAUCAUGGGCACGGGCUUUGAUGAGGCCUGGGAACGGCCGGAUCUGAAGUUGGCUGAGAAUAGGGGCCAGCAGGGGCAAUCCGUACCCUGA